GCCUCGUGUCCUGGUUACAUAACGUAUAAAGUUGUUCGAAGCGGUUGGCCAAUUCCAAAUAUGCUGAAUUGAACCAAGAUGGCGGAGGACGAAGCGGGAGGCUCAAGUCUCGAUGAUUUUAAGAAAGCUUGCUUAGUCAGGAAUCAAAAUGAAAAAAAGCGAAGAGAUCGGUUUAACAACCUGGUGAAUGAACUAUCUGCUUCUCUGCCUAUGCGAGGGAAAAAACUAAGCAGAAACAACGUUCUGAAAUAUUGCAUAGAAUACUUCCGCCACACUCAGCAGCUUGCCACGACAUCAAGCAGCAACAGUCUUGAGAGGGUUUGUGGAAGUUGGCAACCGGAUUUUAUUACGAGCGAAGAAUUCCGUCAAACUAUGCUUGAUGGAUUCGAUGGUAUUGUAAUUGCGAUCGAUGAUUCAAGCAAAAUAUGUUUUGCUUCGAGUAGCGUGUUCCCCUGCCUUGGUUACGACUGUAAAACCCUUCAGAACAGCAGCAUUUUAGACUUGGUGCAUCCAGAGGAUCAAAGAACGAUUUAUGCUCUGCUUACAGCUUUUGACAAGGAUAAUACAAUCAGUAGACCAGCACAGAUGUUUUCCUGUCGCCUUCGUUUUGCUCCACGAAGCGCAGAGUUCAGAGGCGGGUUCGUACCCUUUAGUUGUAUUGGCAGGACUUUUAGAACUGAUCAAACAAGGGGGGAUCGCUUUAUUGUGUUUCUGGGGCGAGUUACAACUUUACCGAAAUUGAAUAAAACUGUUGUGCUAGCUGAUAAUGAACAUGUUUUGAAAUUCACAACGAGAUUGGAUAAAAUGUGGAGGUUUCAAUGUGUGGAAAGAGGUACGACCAUGGUUCUGGGUUACUAUCCUUUUGAGUUGCUUGGACAGUGUUUGUAUGAAUAUUGUCAUGAAGAUGAUUUGGCCAAUCUUACAGAGUACCACAAUAUGCUUCUUUAUUCAGGGGUAAUAACAACUUGUUGUUAUCGUCUUCUCGCCAAAGGACAAGUUUGGAUCUGGGUACGCAGUCGCUGCCAUGUGUCAUAUAGUCCACUGGACUCAAAACCAGAUUCUGUUGUUUGUGUCACUUGGCCCAUGAAAGGCACUGAAUUCAGUGCAUUAAACCAGCAGGAAAUCCUGGAGAGGGAUCGACAACUAUUCUCUCAAAUUCUUGAAAAGAGUGGUGAAAAACUGCUCAGCUCAAAUUUUUGUAGUGGCACUCAAAAAAAUGCAGUAACAGCUUCAUCACCACCUUCUUCUUCACCAUCUCUAAAUCCAAUUCUGAAUAAGAAUGAAAUUUUGGAACAGAGCCAUGCAGUUACAGCAUGUGAGGAACUUCCACUGGGAUUGUCAACAAUGCAAUCCAGUUUUUCCAUAACUUCAGACCAUGGCAUGAACUUGGCUGCACCCCAGAAUGUUGAUGCUGGCAUUUGGCCUGUUGGAGGUGUUGACAGUGCUGCAGUUGUCAUAUCAAAUGACAACCACUUUAACUCAAGCAACCCAUUAGUCUACUCAAUGGAAAAUGUUGAUGAAAAGAGCUUAUUGCUAGCAGAUCAUGAUCAAAUGCCAGAAUCUUUGUCAUUUUCACAAUGGGUGCUCCACUUACAUCUGAGAGACCAAUACAAGAGUCUUACAGACUCCAUAAGGCAGCAGUCUGAGCAAAUUGCUGUCAUACAAAGACAGCUGGCAAUUCAAAAGGAAUUAUCUACACUCAGUGAUGAACUAGAGGUUCAACAAAAACGGAAGACACUGAACCUCAAAAAUACAGUGGAUGAAAUCAAAUCUGUUAUUCAGCAAAAGAUGAAAGAACUGCAAGAAUGUACUCAAUUAUCCAGCAUUUAACAGAAUUCACUAUUAGUAUGCUUUGACCUUGUUCAUAUUUGAAUCCAUAUGUAAUUGAAGUAUUAUGCACAAAGUAAUGCUUCAUUUUGAUAAUUAAAUUUUAAUUAAAUUACAUUUAAAUCCAGUAUGGUUCCACAAAAAAUCAUUCCAGCUGUCUUAUUGCAUGUUCAACAACUGAGCUGUUAAUACAUUUUGUCAAAUGUUGGU